GUCACAGCUAUUAUCAACUUUGUAGACCAUAAAACCAAGUUCACUUGGAUUUAUUUUCUAAAGCACAAGUCAGAUGCUUCAAAUGCUUUCAUUCAUUUCAGAACCCUUGUUGAAAAUAGAUUCUCCAAGAAAAUUAAGAUAGUUCAAAGUGAUGGGGGAACAGAAUAUAAGCCUUUGUCAGACUUCUUUCAUCAAAAUGGGAUCACUCACAGGAUGUCUUGUCCUUAUACCCCUGAACAAAAUGGAAGUGUUGAAAGAAAGCACAGGCACAUAGUUGAUUCUGCUCUAUCAAUUCUUGCUCAAUCUUCUGUUCUCAAAAGAUAUUGGGAUCAUGCAUUUUCUACUGCUGUGUACCUCUUGAAUAGGGUCCCUAGCAAAGUCUUGAAUUUCUUGUCUCCUUUUGAAGCUCUGACAGGCACAAAACCAGAUUACAAACACACUAGA